UCGUCUUAGAAUGUUACCGGCUUAUUGCGCGAUGAUGGCCAUCACGGCGCAUAUUAUACCCCACCUCGGAGACGGUCCGCUGUGGCCAAUAAAGUCGUGGGGAGAAGCCGAGAUAUGUAAGAACUAUUGGUGGACCAACCUGUUGUUCAUAAGUAAUUUCGUUGAAGUCGACCAUCAGUGCCUCAUAAUGGGCUGGUACUUAUCGUGUGAUAUUCAGUUUUUCGUCAUCGGAGUUAUUGUCGUUUACGUUUACACGAAAAACCCAAAAUACGGAAUCGCAUUGCUUGGCACAAUAAUUGGUUUGUCGAUAUCCGUGCCAUUCAUAAUCACUCUUUUGACGGGAAGAGAUGGAAUGGAUAAGUUUCCUUCAACACACCUAUUGUUAAUAAGACAAGUUUUAUUGUUGAAGUCGUACCGACCAAGUUACAUGCGGGCCAGUCCAUUCUUUAUAGGCUUAGCCAGUAGCUUUCUAGUGGAAAAACUGAAGGAAAAAAAAGUGAAAUUUUCACAAACGGUGGUUCACGGUGGAACAUUUGCUAUUUUAUCGUUUGCUUUAUGGGUUCAGUUUUACGGGGUCGUAUUCUAUGCCAGAAAUAGACCUUAUUAUCCAUUGGAACAUGCCUUGUACUCAACUAUCUACCAUUGUACGACGGCAGUAGUGAGUGCAUGGGUUGUCAUAAGUUAUUUCACGUCUGGCUACGGUUUACUUGAACAUUUGUUUCACAGUAGAUUUAUUGCAAUCAUGGGAAAACUUGCAUACCCUAUUUUGUUGGUGAACAUCACUGUUAUGCUAACAUCUCAGAGUUCGCUGAGAUUACCCGUUUAUCUGUCGCCAAAAUAUGCGGUAGGUAAGACACUAAUAUUAUACGGUUACAAACUUACAUGCACACAGUAGACCUUAUACUAAUAGACAAUAACUGUGUAGGUAUAACA